AGCAGCUUGUUAAGCUCCUCAUCAUUGCGGAUGGCCAGCUGCAAGUGGCGUGGGAUGAUGCGAGUCUUCUUGUCACCGGCCACGUUGCGGGUCAGCCCCAGGAUCUCGGCCCUCAGGUACUCCAGCACCGCCGCCAGGUACACAGGUGCACCAGCUCCAAAGGUUCUGCAUAGUUGCCCUUUCAGAGCAGGCGGUGCACUAGGCCCACAGGGAACUGCAGACCAGCUCUGAAGGAGCGGGAUCUGGCCUCAGCACAGGACUUACCUCUCUGCUUCCCAUGUCCAGACAAAACUAAAGAUGUAGAUCGGUUAUAACGGAAAAAAAUUACCGUUAGGGCAGGUACGGGGUCUAUUUAUAGUUUCAAGGUAAGUUGCCGUUUGCUAUUUGGUUGGCUGUUAGCCUUACAUCCAAUCAGGGGACUUUACUGGCGUCCUUCAUUUACAUACGCGCCACUACCAAUUAUCCAAUCAGAUGUUGGCUGCCCAACACGUGAGCUGAGUGCCACACCUAUAAAUACCACACUUGCUUUGGGUAGGUGUCAGUUUGCGGUGUAGGAGCUGUAUGGUUGUUGGAGCUGUAUGAUAACCAUGCCAGAGCUCACGUCGAAGGGGACUACCAUCUCUAAGAAAGGCUUCAAGAAAGCUGUAACAAAAACUCAGAAGAAAGAAGGGAAAAAGCGAAAGAGAUGUCGGAAAGAGAGCUACUCAAUCUACAUCUACAAGGUGCUGAAGCAAGUUCAUCCCGAUACAGGUAUCUCUUCGAAGGCCAUGAGCAUCAUGAAUUCUUUCGUCACUGACAUCUUCGAGCGCAUCGCAAGUGAGGCGUCGCGCCUGGCACAUUACAACAAGCGCUCCACGAUCACGUCCCGGGAGAUCCAGACGGCCGUGCGCUUGCUGUUACCAGGGGAGUUGGCCAAGCACGCGGUGUCCGAGGGCACUAAGGCUGUCACCAAGUACACCAGCUCCAAGUAAACGGAUUCAGUUACCAGAUGACCUUUGUAAACCCAAAGGCUCUUUUAAGAGCCAUUUAAUCCUCUAGAUGGCUGUAGGCUCUUCACUCUGUUUUGUGUAUGUGGACAGGCUUUAUCACUAGAGUCAAGAAUUAAAAAUUUGGCUGGUGUAUACAUGACCAAGGUAACUGCCCAUACUACUCCGGUUAUAGAAGGUAAUUUCUGAGUCACUUGUAAUUAUUUUACUAGGUUGUUUCCAAGUGAAAUCAAGCAUUUUGUAGAGAAUACUAUAAGAAGAAACCUCUCAAAUGUGUCAUUAGGAUUCAUGAACUGUAUGCCACAAAGAACAUGGUUUGUCCCCCCAGGAUAUCUCAUGUAUCUAUUCUAUCAGAUGACAGAAAAGGGGUUUGAAGCUGUGUAAAGAUCAAGACCAUAGGGAAAUCUAGCAUGGGAGCUUUUCAGCUGUUUUUCUUCCUCUACAUUUUCUGUGUGUUUUUUUAAAUAAGGGUUUGAAAUCCAAUGUUUAUUUUAUACUUACAUCAUGUCUCAGUUCAGAGUUGCCACAUUUUGAGUGCUCAGUAGCUGCAUCUGUUUAGUGUCCACCGUAUUGGACACUGGAACACUAAAUACUCUAGGCAACCUAAAUCAUACCUUUGGCUCUAAAUACCUGCAGCAGAUAACUCACAAAUUAGAUCUGUAUUCCAGGGCUCUGAUGUAUUCCAGAUCAGUAAAUUCAGCUGCUUACUUAAUAUCACCACUCUGAUGGUGCUCAUCCACCUCAAUAUUCUCUUCACAAGGGUUUCCAAACUAUCCUGACAGACCUGUUCUCAAACUCCAGUGUUCCCCAUCUCCAUGGAGCCAACCCAAUCACAUGGCUAUCUAAGCCAGAAAUGUGGUAUUUUUGCCUUUAUAUAUCUCUGUUCAAUCUCCACUUCAAUCUUUUGACAAUAUAUGGUGAUUUUGUUUCCUAAAUAUUUUUAUUAUUAUUUGACUACUUUUGUCAAUCUUCAUUAUCACUAUUUCUGUCCAAGCCCCCACCAAUUCUCACCUGGAUUCCUGUCCCUAACUAGACUCACUACUCAAUAUGUUCUUUAUAAAAUCCACUCUCCACCCAACUGACAAAGUAAUCUUUGAUGAAGUAAUCUUAAAUAAGAAAAAUUCACUUUUUACUUGGUAUACGUAGAAAUUUAUUUUAAGAAGAUGUAUCUAGGACAAACCAGACUUUCCAAGAAAUUCAUAAUACAAUAGAAGUUAAGAACCUCUAUCUAAGUGUUCCAACAAACAUCUUACAUGUAAAGCAGACUGGAGACAGAUGAUAUAAAAAUCAGAUGGCAGAAUGUCACUAUAAUUCAGUUAGGAUCAGAUUGCUGAGGCUUCCUAGUUGUUAAACUGAUUCCUUCAUCAAGGAUGCCAAUUCUCUAGCCACAGGAAUCUGGGGUUACUAGGGUAUCCCAAUCCAUUCCUACAUGUGUCUUUGUCAUGGCCCUUUCCUCAGAAAAUUCUGUCUUGCCAAGCCUGUAGUACUCAGGAAUUGGGAUGUGGGCAAAAAGCAGGCAGCAUCUUUCUUAAAACAUUUUUAAAACCUAAAAAAAAACACUGUGAUUUCUCUGCUCUCACAUGGAUUAUCUUGGACUAAAGCAUAUUUUGUUACCCUUAUUUUUCUGACUUCAAAGUUGUAAAGCCAUGCCAACCUCCUGUGUUUUUUCCACCAAGUUCGCUAAAGUGGGGUCCUUAGUCUGCAUCUGUGAUAAAAUAGUUUACCAGCUGAUUUGGCUUUUUCAUGACAGUAAUUUACAGGUUCCUAGUAGGAAAUGAAGGAAUAUGCUUCUCCCAGCAACUUUCAUAUUAAUGGAAAUUCAGAGUAUUUAUAGAAUAUGUGGGAAUAAAGCAAAGCAUGACUCAAAGGAAAAUGAUAGAUUCAAAUGCUUAUAUUAAGUUAUAAAAUAUAAAUGCAGGCAGUUCAGGUAGUGUGAAAUCUUAAAAAUGACUAUGCCAAACAAUCUUAAUAAUCAAUGGGAGAAAAUCAUGAUUUUCAAAUAGUAAAAACUCCUUUACUAUCAUAAAUAUAAAAGGAAGUGAAAAAUUAAUAAUUAAGGACAUUGUAAUUUUAAACACUAAAACAAUGAGAAUUAAAGUGUCAUUUCUUUUUUAAAAACUUAUCAAGAGUAUUUGAAUGGUGCUUGCCUUCUUUUUAUCAUGUAAUUUGUAAUACAGAGUGAGUGUCUUUCCCCGCCUUGGUCAAUUGUCAUGUUUCUAAGUUUGUAUUAGCUUCCAGAUAUCUCCGGGAUUUCCUUUAAUAUGAAGUAUUUUGCCAGUGUCACUUUCUUUCGAACAUCUUCCUUUUCAUCACAACCAUUUUCUACAUUUAUGUGCGUUCACCUUCACCAAGUUCCUCUGGUUGCAUAGCUAGGGUCUCUUGAUAGCAACAGUGCCAACUGUUAUGUCAAUAAUUCUAUUUACGUUCAAUUCAAAUUCCCUUUCCAGGGCUAUUUUCCUUGUUUCACUGUACUUUCAUCUUGUUGGUCAAACCCCUCUUUUGCUUAUUGAAUUUUGUCAUUUAAGUUAACCACUGGGAGACAAGAAGGCAACUAAACCACUUUCUAUUUGUGUCUAAACAGAAUAAUGUGUGCAGUAACUGGUUGCCAACAAAUUUUUAAAUAAGUGACAUGAUUAGAUCACUGAUCACAAUGUGCAUCUGUUACUUAUGCAGUUGACUUUUGAACUAAAGAGCCAGCAGUGAAGUCUGUAAUUUAUUCACUUACUCACUACUGAUGACAUUUGAACUGUGUUUUUGAGCAAUUGGUGUUAUUUAACUAUGGUACCUGAAAUUCAUUUAUAUCAACAUUAUGCAAUGUGAGAAUUGUUGCUAUAAAGUCAGCAUCCCACUAAAAAUAAAUUGCAGAAAGGCUAAAUAAUAAAAAAGGUAGACAAAAUAACUAGGAAGAAGAAAACAGUAAAGCUAAUAAGUACA